UCAGAGUAUCGUGCCCCCUUGCGCAAAUGGUGUGAGAGAUCACCAGUGGAUGAGGCAGCGCUCUUUCGCGUGUCAUGUGUUUGAAGAGCCCACGCGUCUCACUCUAGGUUCCCCACUCGGCACGCACCAAUGCAGAUACGGACCGGAUCGGACGCCGCUGUCGCCUGAACGCGUAUCCAUCUUCAUUGCGCUCACGGUGUCUGCUUUCUCCAGCUCGCCGGACAUGCACCGGGUGUCCCAGCUUUGGCACUGAUCAACAAGGGAGCAAAAGGUGACUCUGAUUUGCCCAAGCAGAAUGGAAAGGUUGCCAUAGUUACAGGGGGAACCAGAGGAAUGGGAUAUGAGAUUUCCAGACAUCUGGUCAGCCUGGACAUGCAUGUGGUCAUCGCUGGGAACGAGGAGCAGGAGGGUCUUGAAGCAGUGAAGAAGAUUCGAAAAGAGUUAAAUCAGGGAAAAGUGGAGUUCAUGUACCUGGAUUUGGCCUCUUUGACAUCUGUGCAGCACUUUGUCCAGAGAUAUAAAGCCAAAGGUUUGCCACUUCACGUCCUCAUCAAUAAUGCUGGCGUUAUGCUUGUUCCGGAGAGGAGAACAGAGGAUGGAUUUGAGCUACACUUUGGGCUAAACUACCUGGGCCAUUUCCUGUUGACCAACCUGUUGCUGGAUGUGCUGAAGAAAUCAGGCAAACCCGGGCAAUGUUCCCGAAUAGUCAUUAUGUCUUCAGCUACCCACUAUGGAGGAAGAUUAACUCUGGAUGACUUGCAGGGAAGGAUGUGUUACAGCGCUCAUGGUGCGUACGCCCAGAGUAAACUGGCCCUGCUGCUGUUCUCCUACCACAUGCAGGACCAGCUGUGGGUCAAAGGUGACCCUGUAACAGUUAACGCAGUGGACCCAGGCAUGGUGGACACAGCCCUGUAUGACAAUCUGUCUAGCCCGGCCCAGCUGGCCAAGAAACCUUUCGCAAAACUGCUCUUCAGGACGCCUGCAGAAGGAGCAUCCACGGCCAUCUACGCCGCAGCUGCCUCCGAGCUGGAGGGGAUCGGAGGACUGUAUCUGUACAACGGGCGCAAGACGGAGUCUUCAGCGCUUUCUUAUGACCAACGGCUGCAAACCAAGCUGUGGAAAGAAAGCUGCGCUCUAGUAGGUCUCCAAUAGACCUGUGAAAAAAUGCACUGAGCUCCUGAUCACCGAAACCUUGGCCCUCAUCCAUAUAACAUCCACCUGAAGAAUUCAGCCUCAUGCCUUAUUAAGUUAGUUUCCCUGUUUGCCAAAUUAUCCCUUGCUCUUUAAAUCAUCUUAUUACCUUUAUAGCGUUCUCGCAAGCCAUCUUAGACGUGUACCUCAACCAAACGUGACAAGUCUCGAAAACCGCUCUCUUCCUCUUCACUUGGGAACUCUCCGAACACUUUUUCCCCGAACUAAGCAAAUAAAACAACGAUUUCGACUAAUAAUCUAGUUUCUUGUUCUCUGCUAAGCCUUUUUGGGUGCUUAAUGAAUCAGGACCGUCGCAAUGGCUGUUCUACUGAUUUUGUCAACAGACUAUAAAGACAAUCGAAGGAUAAAAGGAUUAUACGUGAAAUCUCCAGCUCUCUAAACUGGGCAAAUACCAGCCUGUGUCUGAUGAUUCUCUUCGUUUCCGUCUUUCUUUGCAAGUAUAGCUGUAUAUCUUCAGUGGCGCCUACGUUGGGUUAUUCCGCCCAUCAGUCAGUGUCAUUCCUCCCUCUGCCUACCGCAUCUAAUUGUCUAAACACAAACUGCAGAAGGGCUAAGGGGGAAAACAUUUGUCUGGCUAAGCCCUGCGUUUUUCAUUCCCUCACUGUGCAAUUUGCAAUGCCGUGUUUUGAAUCUUCCACAAAAGAGACGGCUGCCCCCAUGCCAGGUGCCUCACCUUCAUUCACCCUCUUUCUCUGAGAGGGGGAAAUUUUGUCCAGCUGUUUUGUUCGUGACCGUGACGUGAUUCCAAUGUGUAAUAAUGUAGUUGUUGUUUUUUUUUUUGUUGAUUUGUUUUGUUUCAUUUUGGGGUUUUUUCCACAGACCUUGAAUCAGAACCAUUUAAAAUAUGUGCACAUAUUUUAUAAACCGAGAUUUUCCUUUGAGAUGUUGAGACUUUUAAAUAUAUUCAGGCAUCUUUUUUUUUUUUUUUUUUUUUUUUUUAUAUAUGUAUUUAUCCAAGGUUGAUGUGCAAUAGCAAACCUAAAGCUAAUUGAGUCUUGAAAUAAUGGAAAAUGUGAACGUUUUCCAACAAGAGAUGUCGCUUCAUAAAUACCAAUAUCUAUAUAAAAGUACUGUAAAAUGAGUUACUUUCUACCCGCUGGUGUCUGUGACAACUUGGAGGUGUCGUCUCAAGUUUGGCCGCUUUGGUAAAGUGCUACUUUGACCUGUUAAAUUCUAAUUUAAAUGUACUAGUGUCAAAAUGUGCCUGUUAUUUGUGUAUUUUAUGUGACGUCGAUCAUGCAGUUGACCAAAUGUGUUCGCAUUUAAACUUCUCUAAUUCAGUUUAUUUUCUGUAUCGUACAAUGAAUGGGAUAUAUGACGUUUUUGGGUAAAAGAGAGAUGAGGAUAUCCAUCCAUCAUUUGCAUUGCUUUUGAGAAUUCGCUUUUAGUUUCGCUUAUUGUAUUGUAAUUACGCACUAAUGGAAGUGCUGCUGUAUUUUAAUGUAUCUAGCGUUAUAGGAAGGGUAAAUAACUUCCGUGCACAGAUAAUAAUGAUACAACAGAUGAAUUAUAUGUUUGUGGUACUGAGAAAAAUAAAUUAAUAACAGUGUUCGGAGGCACCAAAUGGUUGAUGAUAAAUGAAUCGAGAAACAAAAUGUACAAAGAGGAUUUUGCGUACUUGGCUCCUCAGCCACAUGCACUGUGAACGAGCCCAAUGUUUCUGUCAUUUGUGUGUGUGAAAGAGAGGGAUGAAGAAAGAGUGCAGCGUUAUCUUGCCAGGAGGCUCUGAAGUGUCUCAUCUUCAGCUCUUGUAGAAAACAGAGUGAAUGAGUUUCUCUUCCAAGGCUCUUGUCUAAAUAAAAACACUGAUUUCGCUGUUGCA